AUGCUCACGGCCACUGGAGAUCCUUGCUCAGUCAGCUCUACUACUCCAGAUCAGACAGCAUUCCUGCUGCGCGUGGAGGAGCACGCUUGCAAUCCAGCGCCUGCGUGGCCGAGGCAAAAGGAUAACUGCAAGAGAGGGCGCAGGGUGCUGGCACUCAGCUGCACUCAUGUGGGAGCAACCUGGAAGAGUGGCCACCAGGGCGGAGGGGGACGCCAGGGUAGCAGACCCAGAGCUCCCGGAGGUCGGAAGUCCUGUCUUGUUCAACUCUGCCAUUUCCUGGUGGCUUUGCAGGCUCCAGAGCAAAAGGGUGGCCGCCCUACGCAAACUCCUCUUUAUCUUCAAAACCUCAGCUCCCUAAGAGGCCUCUUUCCAACUGCACACUUUGGGGACAGCUCACGGAGGUGCCCACCCCGAAGAGUGGCCCUCUCUCUGCACAUCUAUCUUCUCCACGAGGUUGUGAACAUCCUGGGAACAGAGACUGAGUAUUUCACAACCAGAUUCUCAGAGCCAAGUUCAAGGGUUGCCCAGGCUGGCCUUGAACUCACAGUCCUCCUCACUCAGCAUCUGAGUGUUGGGCUUGCAGUCAUGCACCUCCACCCCUGCCCUGAGGGAUGCAUUUCCAGAAGUCUGAAGACAGACACAGACACAGCUGCCACACGUGAGACCGAGUGACUUCCCGCGUGGGAGUGGAGUUACAGCAGUGCUCGCGGAUCAUCUCCUUUGAGUUUUGUCAACUUCCACGAACUCUGAGGCACAAGCUGAGACUCCCAAACUCGGGGAAUCCAGAGUCAUCUGAAAUCUAACACUUCACAGUGAGAACAAAGCACUCCAGCAGUAAGUACCCAGGGUAGUACAAACCCUUCCCUCCCAGUGCAUUUAUUUACCUUAAAUGAAUGACUGUGACCAGUAUGCAUUUUAACUUGGAAAUAAACAUUUAUAUUUUUAAAUCAAAUGACAUAUCUUCUUUU